AUGUUCUCUCGUAGUACUUGGGGGGCCUCGCCCUGGGUGUUAUUACUUGCCAUGGCCCGCUUCUCUCUCGUGCUGACCGGUGAACUUCAUCCAGCCAACGCUGCUUGCGAAUGCGGUUACUCGGUUAAUGCUACAACCGACCCAUCCUAUGCUGUCUUCACAGAGCUCAUGGAGAACGACUUCUUACAUACAUCGACGGAAGACUUCACAGAGAUUGGCUGGCAACCCCAGGUAUAUAAUGUUACGUCGAAAGAUGCUAGAGGGCCAUUCGGGAAGAAUAUGGAGUUGACCAACAUUGUCGCAAACCCGUUCAAGAAGGGAUGGUCGGGUGAGGCCGACCAUGGUGGAGACGCGGGACUCGAGUUAUGGGUACGAGGAGAUCACCAAGACGGUCUCGUGAGCGGUGCCGAGCUUGUCACUAUGCGCAACGACUCUCUACUUGGAAGCUUCCGUGUUGGCAUGAAGCUUUCCAAUUCGUCUGGAACAUGCGGCGCUUUCUUCUUUUACCACAACAAUUCGCAAGAAAUCGACAUGGAAUUCCUUUCGCACCAAUUCAACAACUCCCAAGGCGCCGUAAACCUCGUUCUCCAAAGCCCGGAAUCCGUUACGCACGGUUAUGCUGCUCAGGGAACAAAUGGCUUCGAGGUCAUGGCUCUCCCUUUCCGCCCAGAUGAGAUGUUCCACGAGUACCGUUUUGACUGGACCCCCAACCGCGUUGCUUUCUACGUUGACGGCGAACUUCUCCAUGAGAUGACGGAGAAUAUUCCCACGGAGAGCGGUGGCAUCUUCCUCAACCACUGGAGCAACGGCGACCCAUCUUGGUCGGCAGGACCCCCGGAUCGCGACACCGUCAUGACCAUCUCGUACAUGAAGGCAUACUUCAACUCAACCGAUACCGAACGCUCGCAAAACGACUACAGGGACCGCUGCCCAACAUACGACCCAGCCAAGGUUUGCGCCAUCCCUAACCAGAUGAGCCCGCCAGAUCAAAGUCAGGGCGUCGACGCAGCGAAGACGUACUUCUUCUCAACAGACGGAGACGACAUGACGCCCGGUCAAACAACCUUUACCGGUAGCGCGAACAGCCACUUCAGCGCGCCGUCAUUAUCACUCGUAGCCCCAUUACUUGUCAUACUACUCAGCUUAACACUGGGGCUCCGUCAGGGACCGGGUAUCGCUCUAGUUGGCGGUGCGCCUGCGCCUGUUCAGCAACCACCUGUCCCGAUCAUAGUAACGGUAACCGCAACUGCAAAACCUGCUCCACUAGCCAAACCCAUACCAUCACCAGCUCCUGCACCGCCCAUCAAUAUCGCCGGGACAGCAGGCGCAGAUGUUACACGCUUGGCGAGACCUAGCAGUACAUUCAGCAAUGUGCCCUUCUACACCGUAGUCUGGGCCGAAACAUGGAUCGGCGGAACGUAUUCGACCUGGUGGCCACACACUAUAUCGCUCGACUUCAAGCCUGCGCAAACGCACGCUCCAUUCCCAGGAAUAGGAGAGAUUGGCAUGGGCACGUUGACUGGUAGAACCGGUGUGACGCGAACUGUCGUGGUAAAUGCUGCUCCUACACCAAAAGGAGGUUGGGCUAAGGGUCUCGCUGCAGCCGUCGGUAUUGGCAUAGCGGGUAUGGUGGUGUGA